AAACCACUCCAUGACUCGCUCGCUCACUCCUCGCCCCACCCAAGCUUCGUGCGUCGGUCGCCCUACCGUCCAAAACCCUAAGCAGCACGGAAGGUUGGGAAGAGACGGGUUAACGACGAGGAGAGAGAGCCACACAGUAUCGGUAGCAAGCGUGAGUAUAGUCACAGAGGGAGAUUGGUGUUUCUACGAGAGUUGAGAGGAAGGAAAAGUGACGCCUUUGUACGAUGCUACUGUUAAGAUUUAAUGCUUCCACUGCAGAGAAAGAGACGAGCGCCAGCCCUUCCUCGUCCUCUCUCCCGUGAAGUUACAUCUCUCUGUCUCUCUCUCUCUCUUUCUAAAUCUUCUUUUUCCUUUGAUGACGGAACGAAAGAUCAUCGAAGGUAGCAAUCUGUAGGGAGGAAUAGCUCAGCUGUGUUUGGAGCACACAACCAGGAUUCCUUGGCUUGUCACCGAAGAAGUCCUCAAAUCUUGUACGUUCUAAUAUGAACCGAGCCAACAUGUGCUGGUUCUCAUCGCCGAUUGCAUUGUGCGUGCUGAGGGUCGAAUACUGUUAGAGAGCAGAUGAAGAAGGACGAAGAGGAGGAAAAGACCAAAAAGAGAGGGGUGGGUAGGUGGUGUUGGGAGGUAGGAAGAGCUAAAAGUUAACUGCGACCUCCUCUCUCUCAUUUGGCUCUUUCCCCACCCCCCACCCCCUCUAUCUCUCUCUCUUUCUCUCGUUACUCGCUUGUGGUAUCAGGAAAAGACGUGACGGAAAUCCUUUUCCUUUGUCAUUUCUGUCUCACUCAACUCACUGGUCUUUCUACUUCGCCUUCUCUUGUCUCUUCUUGUUUCAUUCAGCUACACCGCGCUCCUUUUGUCGUCACCAAAUCCCUUCCGUCUCCUCAACUCUCUGCGCUCUGUGUAGUCCACGGCUCUGGUGGCCAUGGUGGGUUCCACUGAACGAAGAGACAGAAAAUGCUGGACUCUGUCUUGAUCGACACAGUGGAGCAAAGGCAAAGGGAAAGAAACAAAGGGAUUCCCUGUCAUUUUGUCGUGCCUCCCAUCUCUCUCUCUCUCUCUCUCUCUUUUUACCAUUCUCGUCCCCUCUCCUUUACGUGCUGUGCUGUGGGUCACACGGGUAGGUACGAGAUUUGACAAGAUUGAUGGUAGGGAUCCUUUGAGAACAGGGUCCUGCUCCCGCACCAGGUUGGUAAUCCCUUUCUUCACCUCCGCCUCUGCCUUCUACUUAUACUCUCUCUUCACCUCCCUCCCUUGCUCUCUCUCUCUCUCUUCACCAAGUGUCAUGUUUCAAUAUGUAUCUGCCCUUGAGCUGUCUUGCUUGGGUUUGAACAGCAGGACACACUCCGCACCGAAGCUCGGACGGAGGGCGCCGCACUGUUGAUUGCAGAUCGGUAUGAGGUGUCUUGUGAGAUGGAGACUGGCUUCUGCCGAUGAAGGAGAGGCAGCGGUGGAGGUCUGAGGAGGACGCCGUCUUGUGUGCGUACGUGAAGCAGUAUGGGCCGCGGGAGUGGCACCUGGUGUCCCAGCGCAUGAACGUGCCCCUGCUCAGGGACGCCAAAUCUUGCUUGGAGAGGUGGAAGAAUUACCUCAGGCCGGGAGUUAAGAAGGGGCCGCUCACCGAGGAGGAGCAGCGCCUCGUGAUCGGGCUACAGGCCAAGUACGGCAACAAGUGGAAGAAGAUCGCCGCUGAGGUCCCAGGCCGCACCGCCAAAAGGCUCGGCAAGUGGUGGGAGGUCUUCAAGGAGAAGCAGCAGAGGGUGGUGCAGCGAGAGAUUAGCAAGUCCGUGGUAAGCUCCACCGAUCCGGGUAAGUACGACCGCAUCCUCGAGAGCUUCGCGGAAAAGCUAGUGAAAGAGCAGCUGAUGGCUGCGCCAUUACUUCCCCCAUGGCUUUCUUCCAACACCAACGGCGCCCACCGGCCGCCGCCAUCUCCCUCCGUGGCUCUUACUCUCUCGCCUUCCGCUGCGCCCCCUGCCCGCAUGCCCUGGACGCAAGCAGAGCGAGCCGUGGAGAACGGUCCGGGUUUUGUACCUGGGUUCGCCGUGGUGGAUGGCCGCGUCGUUGCCGACCUGGUCGAGUGCUGCAAAGAACUGGAGGAAGGGCAUCGGGCGUGGGCGGCGCACAAGAAAGAAGCGGCCUGGAGGCUGAAGAGGGUCGAGCUGCAGCUGGAGGCGGAGAAAGCCUGCAAGAGGAGGGAGAUGAUGGAGGAGAUCGAGGCCAAGAUCAGGGCGCUCAGGGAGGAGCAGCGGGCGGCGCUAGAACGAAUCGAAGCGGAGUACAGGGAGCAGAUUGCCGGACUGAGGAGGGAGGCGGAAGCGAAGGAGCACAAGUUGACAGAGCAAUGGGCGACGAAGCAUUUAAGCCUGAGCAAGUUUCUGGAGCAGUUCGGGUGUCGCCAGUGGCCGUCGGUGGAGAUGAACGAGCGCUGAGGGCAGUAGGGGUUGGGGCUGCUCUGUUUCUGCAUCAUUGUCGCUGCGUUACCAUCCAACGUCUGUAGCUUUUUUCCUCAGAUUUCCUUGUUCUUGAAUCGUAGCAGUCAGUGAAUCGUGUAGAGUCACUCUGUUUGAUGUCUAUUAUAAUUUUCAUUUAUCGAGCA